GCGUAGGGUUUGAGCGUUCGCGGCAGGAGCAGAGAGAGCGAGAGAUAGCGGACAGGGAGCCGCUGGUGCCACCUCAACAUGGAGUAGCGAGGAGCACGAGCGCCUACUGCUCACAAGCAGAGCCCACGGAGAGGAAUUAGCGCGACGGCUUCUUGCCCUGUUUCGUCCGCCGAAGGCCCCUGCAAAUGAUACAGCGGCGACAUAUUGUUUCCUGAACGCACAAAGGGGGGUGGGAGGCCUUUUUAAUUUGAAAGAUGGCGAACGACUCUCCGGCUAAAAGUCUGGUAGACAUCGACUUGGCUUCACUGCGGGAUCCAGCCGGGAUAUUCGAGUUGGUGGAGGUGGUGGGAAAUGGCACCUAUGGACAAGUAUACAAGGGACGACACGUCAAGACUGGACAGCUGGCUGCCAUCAAAGUCAUGGACGUCACAGAGGAUGAAGAGGAGGAAAUUAAACUGGAGAUCAAUAUGCUGAAGAAGUAUUCCCAUCAUAGAAACAUAGCCACCUACUAUGGUGCUUUCAUUAAGAAGAGCCCCCCGGGACACGAUGACCAGCUAUGGUUGGUGAUGGAGUUCUGUGGAGCUGGUUCCAUCACGGACCUGGUGAAGAACACCAAGGGGAACCAGCUGAAGGAAGACUGGAUCGCCUACAUCUCCAGAGAGAUCCUUAGGGGUCUGGCCCACCUGCACGCCCACCACGUCAUCCACCGCGACAUCAAGGGCCAGAACGUUCUGUUGACGGAGAACGCUGAGGUCAAAUUAGUCGACUUUGGCGUGAGUGCUCAGCUCGAUCGAACGGUGGGGAGGAGAAACACCUUCAUCGGGACCCCUUAUUGGAUGGCCCCCGAGGUCAUUGCCUGUGACGAGAACCCAGAUGCUACAUAUGAUUACAGAAGCGAUCUGUGGUCUUGUGGAAUCACAGCGAUUGAAAUGGCUGAAGGAGCGCCACCACUUUGUGACAUGCACCCAAUGCGUGCGCUCUUCCUCAUCCCAAGAAACCCUCCACCCAGGCUCAAGUCUAAAAAAUGGUCCAAAAAGUUUUUCAGUUUCAUCGAGGGCUGCCUGGUGAAGAACUACACGCAGCGGCCCCCGACAGACCAGCUGCUGAAGCACCCCUUCAUCAGAGACCAGCCCAACGAGAGGCAAGUCCGCAUCCAGCUCAAAGACCACAUUGACCGUACCAAGAAGAAGAGGGGGGAGAAAGACGAGACUGAGUACGAGUACAGUGGCAGUGAGGAGGAGGAAGAGGAUCCCCCAGAGCAGGAGGGAGAGCCCAGCUCCAUUGUCAAUGUGCCAGGUGAGUCAACCCUGCGGCGCGACUUCAUCCGCCUGCAGCAGGAGAACAAGGAGCGAUCGGAGGCGUUGCGCCGCCAGCAGCUCCUCCAAGAGCAGCAAAUGCGGGAGCAAGAGGAGUACAAACGCCAACUACUGGCUGAGAGGCAGAAACGCAUUGAGCAACAGAAGGAGCAGAGGAGGCGGCUGGAGGAGCAACAGCGGCGCGAACGAGAAAUGAGGAGGCAGCAGGAGCGCGAGCAGCGUCGCCGCGAGCAAGAGGACAAGCGGCGGAUCGAAGAAAUGGACCGCCGACGUAAAGAAGAGGAGGAACGGCGGCGGGCCGACGACGAGAAAAGGAGGAACGAUCGUGAACAGGAGUACAUCAGGCGUCAGCUGGAGGAGGAGCAGAGACACCUGGAGAUGCUGCAGGAGCAGCUGCUCCGUGAACAGGCCAUGCUGCUGGAGUUCAAGUGGCGGGAGCUCGAGGAGCAGCGCAAGGCCGAGCGACUCCACAAGCGCCUGCAGCAGGAGCAGGCCUACCUGCUGUCGCUCCAGCACGAAUCCAAACAGCCGCCCGGCAACAAGACCAAACUCCCCUCAGAUCGUAGCGCACAUCAGCAGGCCUCCACCAUGCCCCCCGGCAGAGUCCUCACCGCGACCCCCCGAGCGCAGGUCCUCGACCGAGACCAUCAGACAGUCCCCUCAGAUGGCCCUAAGGCCCCGGCAGCAGCGCCGGAGGAGACUGACUGCGAUGAAACCGGUCCCGGCCAGCUCUCAAACUCCCCCAGGCCCUCUCAGACCGAAUCCCCCUCUGACUCUGAGCCUCCCCAGGGAGAAUGUUCGGAGCCCGAUAGCCCCGCAGAACCCAUCGGUCAUCCUCCUCCGCCUAUUAGAGAGGCUGAUGAACGGUACCGUAAGAACAUUCAGGGCUCCCCUCAGAUUGCCCCUCCUCCCAAGCAGCCCCCUCUGCCUCCCCGCUCCUCUGAACCGUUCUCCAAUGGCGGCUCCUCCUCCGAGGCCUCCGCCAUGCACCGGCCCAUGGAGCCUCAGGUCCAGUGGUCCCACCUGGCUGCUCUAAAAAGCAGCAACAGCGCAGCCCCCUCUUCUUCUUCUUCACCUCCCACUCCUCCUCCUCCUCCUCCGCCCGUGGUCUCUCGCUCCCAGUCCUUCAGCGAGCCCGCCGGCGUGACCCCUAACUUUGCACAGCUCCACCUGCGUUCCCAGGACCCCCAUCAUCACCACCACCCAUCGCCCGCACGCACUGACCCCCAACCUCCCCUCCACCACCCUCAGGCCCUUACUAGGGCCGAACAACAGGCCUGCGGCGAGGAGAUACCUCCCAAGGUCCCAGUAAGGACGACAUCCAGGUCUCCGGUACUGGCGCGCCGAGAAUCCCCUCUGCCGUCACAGCCCGGCAACCAGGUGGGACAGAGGAUCGCUGCAGGGAACGUGGAGCAGCGGCCGUUGUGGGACCGAGUGGAGAAGCUGCAGCCUCGGCCGGGCAGCGGCAGCUCCUCCGGCUCCUCCAACUCCAGCUCCCAGGCCAGCCCCGGUGACCGCUUCCGACCACGCUGUGAGUCCCCUGCUUCCUCCAAAUCUGAAGGGUCGCCUCUCCAGCGUCCUGAAAAUGUUCCCAAAAAGCAAGAUGAAAAGAACCUUGCCAGGCCUACUCGACCAGCUGGUGAUGCGGAUCUGACAGCUCUGGCUAAGGAGCUUCGUGCGGUAGACGACGUGAGGCCCCCCCACAAGGUCACCGACUAUUCCUCCUCAAGCGAGGACUCGGGCACCACCGACGAGGAAGACGAUGAGGAGGUGGACCAGGAGGCGGGAGAGGAGUCCACCUCAGGGGCCGAGGACUCCAGGGCUGGAUAUUCCCAUGGCUUCCGCAGGAGGCUGAGUAACGGGGAGACAGAGUCUGCAAAGACCAUGCUUCUGGAGGACUCUGAGAGCGACCAAGCCGUCACGCCUUCCAAGGAUGGAACGCUGGUCAUCAGACAGAGCACCGUUGACCUAAAGCAGUUGGUCAAUCUCGCCUCAGCUGGCCUCGGUCACAUGCACGGCCAGCCCCAAACCCACGGCCUUGCAGAGAAAAACGGCUUUGCCGGCCGCAUACACCACCUACCAGACCUUAUCCAGCAGAGCCAUCACUCCCCUUCCUCUUCCACAACCAUCCCUUCCUCUCCCUCCUCCUCCUCCUUCACAUCGUCAUCUAGCUAUGCCAGUCCCGUCAUGCCCCCACAGAGCCCCCUGGACGAGCUCUCUGGCAUAGAGUCCCAGUCAGAAAGCAACUCCAUGUCCAAACACAAGUCUUCCUCCUCCUUCACUCCCUUCAUUGACCCUCGUCUUCUACAGAUCUCUCCAUCCAGCGGCAGCGCCCUCAACAACAUGGCAGCGUUUGGGCCGGACGGACGCCUCGCAGACCCGCUGAGGUCCGACCCGUCUCGCAAAGGCUCGGUGGUUAACGUCAACCCGGUCAACACGCGCCCGCCGAGCGAUACGCCGGAGAUUCGCAAGUACAAGAAGAGGUUCAACUCUGAGAUCCUGUGCGCCGCGCUGUGGGGAGUGAACCUGCUGGUGGGAACGGAGAGCGGUCUGAUGCUGCUGGACCGGAGCGGCCAGGGGAAGGUCUACCCUCUGAUCAACAGGCGACGCAUCCAACAGAUGGAUGUCCUGGAGGGGCUCAACGUGCUGGUCACCAUAUCGGGUAAAAAAAACAAGCUGCGAGUGUACUACCUGUCGUGGCUGAGGAACAAGAUUUUGCACAAUGACCCCGAGGUGGAGAAGAAGCAGGGUUGGGUUAAUGUGGGCGACCUGGAGGGUUGCGUCCACUACAAAGUCGUGAAAUAUGAGCGGAUUAAGUUCUUGGUGCUGGCCUUGAAGAACGCGGUGGAGGUGUACGCCUGGGCGCCCAAACCAUACCACAAAUUCAUGGCCUUCAAGUCUUUCGGGGAUCUGGUGCACAAGCCUCUGCUGGUUGACCUGACGGUGGAGGAAGGUCAGAGGUUAAAGGUCAUCUAUGGCUCCUGUUCAGGCUUCCACGCCGUGGAUGUGGACUCCGGAGCCGUCUACGACAUCUACCUGCCCACACACAUCCAGACCAGCAUCCAGUGCCACGCCAUCAUCAUCUUGCCCAACACUGAUGGCAUCGAGCUGCUGGUGUGUUACGAGGACGAGGGCGUCUACGUCAACACCUACGGGCGCAUCACCAAGGACGUGGUGCUGCAGUGGGGGGAAAUGCCGACUUCAGUGGCCUACAUUAGGUCGAACCAGAUCAUGGGCUGGGGUGAGAAGGCCAUAGAGAUCCGCUCGGUGGAAACGGGCCACCUGGACGGCGUUUUCAUGCACAAGAGAGCCCAGAGACUCAAGUUCCUGUGUGAGAGGAAUGACAAGGUCUUCUUUGCCUCUGUGCGCGCCGGAGGUGCCAGCCAGGUGUACUUCAUGACCCUGGGACGCACCUCCCUCAUGAGCUGGUAGGCGACGACCAACCGCCACGCCAGCCAACACGACGACCAUACCUAAGCAGUGACCAACGGAUGACUAUUGUGACUAUGACCGCCGACGAUAAAAAGGUGAAAAAAUUCACCUCCGUGAUCGCCGCCAGGCGAAAGCAAACAACGGAUUGGACUGUACCCAUGAAAAAGAAGCUGGGGUGCGGGCUUGUGUGUGGGUGGGGGCGAGGGGCUGCGUUCUGUUCGUGUCCACUGAGUGUACUAGUAAACUAUAUUACAACAACAGAAACCCCCCUCCCUCCCCCGAGCCUCCGGGUUUUCCCUUCACCCGACCCUUUGAGCCGAUCCCCCUCCUCCCCUCCCUCCGGAUCUGUUGCCCGUUGACGGUAAAUCUUUGUGUCAUAGUAAAACUUUGCAUCGUGUUUAUGUGAAUGGCGGAAACACUGAGCAUGUGAACGACUGAAGGGGCAAUAAGAGGCUAAACGCGGCUGUCACUGUAUCAAAGAAGGCAAAUACUUGUAUGUGCACACCUCGAGUGUAGCCGUUUGUAGCUGUAGUUUAGUCCGGGUCCCGGUCAGGGGAAGCUGUCUCCCUAUUCCCACCACGGUAGAUUUCCACGUCAAGCAUGCCAAUUGACACGAGCCCACAGCCACAUAUUAUAACGCUUGACAUGUAAAUCUGCCUCUGUAUCUUCACUUUUUUUGCCUUUUCUUCCUUAAAGUGAAGAUUUUUUUGUAAGGGACCUUCUUGAUAUAUCCAUUCAAUACAGGGUACUGGAUAUCAGUGUGUACAUACUAACUACAUCUACCUUGUAGGCGCCAGACUCUCCCAGGUUUUACAGACACUAUCUCGACUUUUACCACAUUGCCUCACAUAUUGUAGGUUAUGUCGGACAGAAGAAGCCCUGUUUAUGACAGCAUGUCACUUUAGUGUUAUCAACCAGAUUUAGCUCCAGUUUUUUCCAUACACUGUAUAUUUUGUGCUGCACAUAAAGAAAGCAUAAGGAAUUAAGGACGCACCCUUAGAUGAGCUUUAAAGGAAAAAUUUACCGUAUUCAUCAUUGAGCUGUCAUUUUUUUUCUACUUUCCAAAUGGCGAGGCUCUUCUCCCUGGCUCAAUUUAACAUCAACUGGAAAUGUGUAAACUAGCAAACAAAACCUCAAAUGGACACAGCGAUGUGAGACGCAUUACCGGGUGGAUUUUCCCUUUAACAUCAGUCACGAGAAGCGCCAGGAUAAACUGUGAAUUAGACAUGCAGAAUCAGCAGGUGGCCAUUAAGGUAGCAUUGAGGCCAGUGGGCAGAAGUGAUGGAAAGGGAAGUGUGCAUAGGCCCUGGGGGGCUGAGAAGAAGCUUUGAACAUCACACUCCAGUAACGGGGAGGACACCACGAUUAGCUGAUUGUCCUCCGCCUGCACCACGUUUGAAUCUCACAUCUACAAUCAUUCAACUGUAUUUUGAAAGAGACUGUAGCUUAAUGCGUAGCUGAGCAGUUGUCUUAGAAGGGUCUCCAGCGGAUUAAAGCGGCUCAAAAUCCACGGCAGGUUUUGUCAAGUUAAACGUGACGUUUGGUAUUCAUGUACUGUAGGGACACUUGAGUCUGAAUCAGCCAUAUGACUCAACAUUGGACCUUCUUUUAUUGCCAUUUUGGCUUCAGACAGGCGAUUAGAGUGUUUUCAGUCCAGUCUGGAUUGAAGAGACAAACUUUUAACUGGAUAAUUUUCCAUCCCAGAAUGGAACCCUUUUGGUUUCACUCUUCUUCCUCUCAUCCUCUUUUAACCCGAAUGGCAAUGAAAGACUUUGUCACUUGAUGUUAGACCGCCUCAUAACCACUGUUAAAAUAUAGGGUCCAUCUUGCAGCUGUGUGUUUUGUGUGAAUGAGAAAACUAUAUUACGGGACUUUCACCCCCCCCCCCCCCCCCCCCCCCCCGCCUAAACUUCAACUCUUUGACCCUGCUCUCAGUAAAAGUGGUGCCUUCACUUUCCAAGGUGGGACCUGCUGAGCGCUGCAGAACAUGGGAAUGAGAAGCUUUCACUCUCCUGAUCACCUGUGAAAAGCAAAGAAAGUCACGUUCUAAUGGCAGUGUUACAAAACCACUUCAGAUGGCGUGAACUAAGCGGCAUAUUUUUAACUGACUUAGUUUUUAGUCUUGUUUCUGCAAUUUUUAUUAUGUAAUCCUUCAGAUAAGUAUGCGACUGCAGUGGUUUUUAAAUUGUAAUGCACACCUUAUGUUGAAAAUGUUUACAGAAGCAAUUGUUUUGUUAAACCAAUGUGCAUCGAUAUGAAUAUUUAUGGUUUAUUUUGAGGGCAGUUUCUCCCCUGUUUUGUAUUUUGUAUUUUUCCCUUUUUGUACUAUCAUUUAGACGUUUGUGUGCAGGAAAAAUCCACCUUUGCUCGCAUUAUGAAUCACAUAAGGCUAGAGUGUGGUUUCACUGAUUCCUCGACACCCUGCAUAGUGUGCACAGUGUGCCCCUUGCUGUGUGGCAGCGUGGAUCAAAUGUUUUCUACCACCCAGGUGCCAGGUGACCUGUCCCCCCAUAAGCGUCUUUCUCUGCCAUGCCCCUCUAAUUUAUGUCCUCUCUGUGUGUACUAUGGGAAUCACUGUAUUUUCCUGAAGGUCUUUUUUUUCCCAUUGAAUAAAAUCAGAAGUAAUUUA